AUGCGUACUGCGAAAGUGCGUAGUGCGAAACUGGAUAUCCCUACUAAUUUACUCUUCAUUUGCGGCUUUGUUGUUUCUGCUUUGGCAGAAGUAGAACAGAAGAAGCAGCCAGAAAAACGAGGAGUUCUUGGUAGUGGAAUAGGUUUAGGAUCAGGCCUCUAUGGUGGUAGUUAUGGAUACGGCGGAAGCUACGGUUACGGAGGUGGAUAUGGAUACGGAUCUGGCCUUGGAGCUGGAUAUGGAUCGGGAAUCGGCCUCUCUGGAAUUGGUUCAGGAAUAGGCUUGAGUUCUGGUGUUGGACUGGGUUCUGGAAUUGGUUUGGGUUCAGGCAUUGGUUUAGGUUCUGGAAUUGGUUUGGGUUCAGGAAUUGGUUUGGGUUCUGGACUUGGAUACGGUGGAGGAGUCAUUUCUCGCCAAGUAACGGUUCAUCACCAGGUCGGAGUCCCAGUGCCUCAGCCUGUCAGUGUGCCAGUAGACCGACCAGUCCCUGUUCCAGUAUCCCAUCCGGUCCCUGUUCCAGUCGACAGACCAGUACCUGUUCCAGUCAGUCGCCCAUACCCAGUCGCUGUAGAGAGACCUUAUCCAGUUACAGUCGAUAGACCAGUGCCUGUUCCAGUUCCACAUCCAGUUACAGUUUCAGUACCAAGACCUGUUCCAGUUCCAGUACCAUCUCCAGUUCCAGUACCUGUCGUCAAUAACGUCCCUGUCCCUGUGCCACAGCCUAUUCCUGUCAGCGUAGGAACUGCACCCAUUGCUGUUGGUUCCGGUAUUGGUCUUGGUUCCGGCAUUGGCCUUGGAUCUGGUAUUGGGCUAGGCUCUGGCCUUGGUUCCAGUAUCGGUCUUGGUUCCGGCUAUGGUCUCGGCUCCGGCUAUGGUCUAGGCUCUGGCUACGGAUUAGGGUCUGGAGUCAUCUCUGGAGGAUCCAGCUUGUACGGCGGAGGACUGUACAGCGGUGGGCUCUACGGCAGUGGUGUUAGUUCUGGAGUUUACGGUAGCGGCUUCAGCUCUGGGCUCUAUGCAGGUGGUAUAAGCUCAGGCCUGGGUAGUUCUUUCCUCGCACACAAAGCCGCCGCUCACGCUGCUCUGGGGCAUUAA